CUCCCGCAACAAAUAUCAAUUGCGUCUUAAAGAAACAGCCAUGAAGUCUUUUGUGGCUAAAGUGACUCUGCUAGCAGUUAUUUCUUUUCUUUACUCAAAAGUAAGAUGCGAUGAAGGUUUCCAGUGUCCUCAUUCUGCGUGUGGUCCACCAAAAUCCUGUAAACUUCAGGAUAAAUUGAUUUAUCAUCAGACCAUGACACCAGCUUGGCUCGAAGGCCAUGCCUCAUACAUCAACAUUGCUCAUACCAUAACAGCCGAUAUGAUCUCAUUUCAAUUAACUUCCACUGUGAGGGGACCCCAAACUAAAGACGCUGCCCUCCUAAAAGUACCUCUGAUCACUGCUGACGUCCUGAAAGACUGCACACUGCUGACCGUGGAGAUCACUGUUGCCAAUGACGUCAGCAUUGGAGGAAAAGCUUACGACAGCGACAUCAGAUACGGCCUCUCAGAUGGGGAAACUUUCAUUGGUUUUGAGGCUCCCGAUAGGAAAAGUUAUGGAACGUCUUCUCCUUGUUAUGGAAUUGAAGGAACACCUGGCAAAUUCCUGAAGAAAAUAAAUUACAAAAACACCAAGUUCCCUAAGGUCAACAAGUACUCAUACUACCCCGGUCGAUUCUUGUUCACUUUCAAGUUAGAUCAGCGAUGGGGUUCCUGUUACACUGCGCAAGAUCAUGGCUUUGUGAAGACCGCUGGCUACAUAAACCGACUGAAAGUCAGUAAGGGGCUCACUCUGGAGGUUUACAAGACUGAUAAAAAUGAGAGGGUUGGGAUCAAGUUUAUCAAGGUGGCCAUUACGCAGGACUCGUCAUGUAAUCAGUAUUGAAAAGAAUCUUAUUAUAAUAAAUGUUUGUCUUGAGUCAUCUGACUUCGAAGCUCACCCAUUACUUUGGGUCAGGGCAGUUAGAAUUAUAGAUUAUAAUGUAACAUUGCACCUUUCACUCAACCAAACCUUGAGUUGAAUCUGGAUGAAAACCAAUUUUGCAACUAAAUAAAAUGUGGGAGAAAAAAAAGGCAUUUGUCGCACAUUGAUAGUGAAAAACCUAAUAGACUUAGAUAACUUUGU